AUGUACAUUAAGGUUAGUGGUAUCAACAAGAUGAUCAAUAGAUAUGACUUGAAUAAGGUAUUUACAUUUACCAGGCCUAUAUACAAAACAAUAGAGCAUUCUCCAGAUGUUCGGUUCUACUUCUAUAGUACUCUGCAUGAGAUUGCAAUGGCAGAGAAACUCAAUAAAAGAAGUUUAAUUGAGUGCUUGGAGGUGAGCUUUAUCAAAAACCCACUAAAGGAGAAGUCCUGUUUAUCAAUUUCCUCCUCCAGAUCUUCCUGUUGCUUAUACACUGUAUGCGACAGAGAUGUUUCUAUAGAUAUGAUUGAAAGGCUUUUCGGACUACCUGCCCGAUGCUACUUUAGAUGGGGAGAGUUCAAGGAGAUAUACAUAAUUGAGUUUAAAGAAGCUGUGGAGAUAAAGAAGGCAGACUUUACAAAAUAUGUAUUUGCUUUCGAGGACUAUAUAGACUAUGUAAUAGAGAACGGCCUUUUCGACCAGGAGUGA